AUGGGUGUCAGCCCCGGGGCCUCCCCCACCACACCAAGGGGGACCCCAAGGCCUGCUCCCCCUCAGCAGCCAUGGGGCCAGCCCAGCAUCCUUGGGGGGGGGGGUCCCGGGACCCACCCCUGGCCACAGGGCGCCCCCAAGUGGUGGCCACCGUGGGGGGGGGGUCGGGGGGCGCCGAGCGGCUCCGGCCCCGCCCCCUCGCGGAGCCAUAGGCCCCGCCCCCUCCCGCCAGGCUUGUACCCCGCCCCCCAUCCUGUUGGGGGGCCCUACCCGACCCGCCCCCCCCGGGCCCCGCGCCGCACGCGCCUAAGCCCCCACCCCCCCCCACUCACGGGGGCCAAGCAUCAGCGCCCCACGGGUGGGCGCCCCAAAACCCCCCCCCCGCACCCACCCCACGCCGCGCCGCCGCCCCACCUGCGUCUCCCGUGCCGCCGUAGGGAGGCGCCCGCGGCCGGCGCGGCUCGUAACUGGCUCCGCGGCGCUGCGCCGCCCGCUCUGCCCAGAGCCCGGAUUGGGGCUGCGGCCCCUUUAAAUGGAGGCGCCGCCAGGAGCCCCGAGCGCGCGGCGGCGCAGGGGGCGGGCGGGGCCGCGCGCAUUGGCCGCGCGGAGCGGGGGACGCGGCCCCAUUGGCUGCGGCGGGGCCCGGGCUCGCGAGACUCGCCCGCCAACGGCGGCCUCGGAACCGCGGAGCGGAACCCGGAGCCCCGGAGCGGCGCAGCCGCCCGGACGCCUCCGGGCGGCCGGAAAACGCGGAAUGGAUUCGUCUGGCGGAGCGGGGCCGCGCGGAGAGACUGCGCGGAGCCGGGCGCAGGUAGCGGCCGCACCCCAGCGGGGCACGGCGCGGUGGCGGGGCACGGCCUCGGCGGGAGGCGCGCGCCGGGACGGGGCGCCCCAGUCCCCGCCGGUGCCCUCGAGACCACCCGCAAAGUGCGGAGCGGAUCGCGCGGAGCGGGCUUACCACCCCCACUCCGCCCCCCUUCCCCCACUUCCCCCCCCCACUCCACACUCUCGCUGCCGCCCCGGGGGGCCCAGUCCGGCCGCGCCGCCACCGCCUCUACCUGCGUGCGGGGGGAGCCGCCCGACCGGGUCCAGGCGCCGCCACCGCCUCCCUGGAGCUGGAGCGUCUCCCCAGGGCGCCUCUCGCCCGCGCCCGUGACUGGCAGCGCGCGCGGCGGGGCCCUCGGCCCCUCGCAGCCAAUCGGCUUCGUGCGAUGGGCUCUCCGGGGCGGCCGGUCCCGCCCCCUCCGCGGCUGGGCCCUGAGUGGCGGCGCGGGCGGCCAAUGGCGGCGCGGCGCUGGCAGGCGGGCGGCCAAUGGGCGCGGGGCUGAGGGCCGGCAGGUUCGGCUGCGCCAGUUCCGGCCGCGCGCGCGCUCCUCUCCGGUGCGCUGCGAGGCGAGGGCCCCGCCGUCCGUUCCGACGCCGCUGUCCCCUGCCAGGUGA